UAAAAGCACACCGGAAGAGGACGCACUUCAAAACGGAAGUGGAGUGAAUUUAAAACGGAAGUGGAGUGAAUGUCUCAAGCUCCUACUUCCUUGUGUUGCUGCGUCCUGUUGCCUAUUCAGUCCAUCGUACGGUCGGAUUCGUGCAAACGUCUGAAUUAUAGGGGGGGUUUCCUUGCAUUGGGCCAACCAUUCAUGCCCCUUGGAGAGGCUGCUGUCAGUUUCCACUGUGCGUCUGCGGCUCUGCUGACAUCAUACAGGAAGACAAACGGUCGAGUGGCGGCUGAACAGAGACAGGAAACUGCUGCAGCUUCGUCACAGGCCUCAGGAUGACUGAAUUCUGGGUUUGUUUCAGCUGCUGUAUCGCAGAGCAGCCGCAGCCUAAACGGCGGCGACGAAUCGACCGCUCCAUGAUCGGCGAGCCAACAAACUUUGUACACACCACACACGUCGGCUCAGGCGACAUGGGCCUGGGAUUAGCCUCGGUGGACCUGGUUCAAGCCCAGAUGAAGUCCAAAGGUGGAUAUGUAGACGGCGGCUCUGAAGGGUCACAAUUAUAACAAGCCCUUCAUUGUGGAAACUACUGUUGUUUAUAUGAGGAAGCAGUUCAGUCCGUCAUGGACACAGGACCAAAAGAUAAAACUACUGCUUUUUCCCAUACAUAAUGUGUAUAUAACUUUUAUUUUCCAUUUCUUUUUUUGUUAUGUUUUAUGAAAGCACUGCUAUCAAUUUAUUUGUUGCCAUGCUGUUGCACUGUAAAGAGUAGCAGUUAGGAAGCGGAGGCUUUAAUACGCUCAUCAUCUCAGUAAGUCAGACGUAUGCUUGUGUGUAUGCAUGAGGGACAACUAUUUUUGUUCUCGGAGCCCACGUCGGAUGCUUGUAUUUAUUAUCGCAUUUGCAAACGGACCUCACGGUGGCUGGGCCACACCGCGCAGUUGGAACCUUCCAUUUCCGUCUUUUCCUUCUCGGGAGGUUUAAAAAAAAAAAAAGGAGGAAGGGGCAAAUUAAGUUUCUUUUUCUUUUCUUUCAGAGAAAUCUCAUGAUCCUCUGAGUUGCCUUCAGGGUCUCAUUGCUGUUUUUCUAAUAAUAAACUUGAAUUGAGUAGAGUACACUGGACCACACCAUGUACACUCACGCCUGCUUUAGGAAUUCCACUUUUUUUUUAUACUCAUUUACAUCCAGUCAUGUAGAAUUUUAAUAAACUGUUAAUUUACUUAUCUGUCGUCAUGUUCUUUUUAGUUUUCAUCCAUUAUUUAUCAUUUUUUGCAAAGGCAAAGUUCCACCGGGUGCGUCUGCAGAGCUGAUACUACUCAUUCGUCAACUUUCACCAUCGCGUGUCCACUCCGUCCCAUCGCCGAAUCAAAUAUGCAAGAUUUAUGUUUUUACCAGCUUUGGCAGUAAAGCCGCAGCAAUUUGGCACACAAGGGAAGAAGGGGACAGGAACUUCAGAAUAAAAUGUUCCACGUUUACCAAUACUAUGUUAAAAGCACAAAAAUUAAGAAAACUAAGACAAAUCCAAGCAAGUUGGCCCCUUUUCUCCUUCUCCAGUUGGACCAUUGUUGCUGACUUUAUCCCACGUAACAAUUGUCUUGCCACGCUCUGCACGCAGCGAGUGAAUUUUUAUUUUCAAAACAACAAUUUUUUACGUUCAGUUUAUUUCGUAAAUGCAUAGCCAGGAAAGACAAACAGUGCAGUUACUAAAAUUGAAAGCAACAUGGGUGCCAGUGUUCUUGCACCUUUAUGGAUCUAGUGAGUGUUCCACUUUUGCGGAUUAUUCACAUGCUUUUUAACGCCGCUAAGAACUUUGUUCCUCUGUUUUCUUGCUCGUCAGCAGGAUUACACAAAAACUCCUUGUGGAGGUUUGGGGGUAAGGAAACAACCUAAAUAAAGAAUGCAGGAAUCGUAACCAGAAAUUGCAAGCACAUGCCGAAGGAAGGUGCACAAUUUGCUACUCAUCCAAAUUAGCAUUGUUAGGUCUCUGCUGAGUCUAAUAAUGUCGUAUUUCCUCAAAUAGUACGUACACACUCAAGCGCAGAGAGUUGUACAUUUUUUUUGAGAGGAAGUGUUUUUUCCUUUUUAAGUAAGGGCCGGCGCUAGACAUGUUUAUGUCUUUAGUUGAUUGGACACAAUCAGCAGUGACCAUCUUUUUAUUCUUGCUUCAAUAAACCAUCUGGAGGGGGGGAGCUAGUUGUUUGUUUCACCCAGAAAUCAAACUGACCAUGGUGCCUAUUUUUUUGUCGUUUGUUUCCCCGCAUCUAAGCAGUAGAAAAUACAUUUUUGAUGUGUAAAAUACUAUGUAUUAUUUCAUGUGUGUGCAUUCUGAAUAUCCAUUUUUAUUGAUACUAGUACGAUAUUAAGGUACAUCUAUUUGAAGUGGGGUGUUUAUUUUGGUGAUCAAGGACACACAACAAAGCACGGUGUUGAAUGAGUAAAGGUAAUUAUGUUAAUGAGAAAAUAUAUGAUGUUUUUUUUUUUCGUUUUUUGUGCCAGAGCCUCUUUUUUAUUCAUAAUCUGCAGUAGCAGUAAAAAAUGGAUAAUUUAAAAUAGUGACAAUGCAUGCCUUUUUUAAUCGAUAUUCAUAAUAUUAUUAGCCAAAUGAUUUAUUUGAGGUGAGACAUUAUAUUGUAUUGUACUGCAUUAAUGCCAAUGCCCCUAUUUGAGGAAAUACAGUAGUUUUGCUGUCAGACCUCUAAGAGAUAAGUAAUAAUAUUUAAAAACACCUUCAGGCAGUUGGAUUUGUUUGUCUUUGGACCUGUAAUGCCAUCCUUACUUCAUGUUGUCUGUUUUGAUUGUUGUGACAUUGUUUCGAGCAGCUUCUUGUAUUUUAUUAUUCAUUUUAAAAGAAGGCCUUAAAGAGAGCAAAUCUAGUAUGAAUGUCAAGGACCCCAGUCAGGGUGGGAGGGAACAUUUGUGUCCUCCAUUGCUUAUAUAGCAGGAUGUUGGAAUAAUAAUCCUCUUGAAUUCAAUGCAUGCAAUGUGUGUGUCUCAUGUGCAUCCUGUGGUGUGUACAGCAGAAUGUAACCCUACCAUCAAGCCAGCAAACACGUCUGUACCAGGCAAUAUAAAUAUAUAUAUAUAAAUAUACAUAUUUAACAAAAAAAGAAAUAAACCAGCCACAGUCUUUAUAUAAAAGAUCAACCAUAUCAACUCAGAAAAAAAGUAUUUGUUUUAAGGACAUCUUCAACAAACUGCGUUGUUUUAACAUGUAUAUGUUUGUCUCGUCCUGUUUGUUCCCCAUCACCCUGGUGCUGAGUUGCAAUACAACUUGUGAACAGCAGGCUGUGUUAGAAGACUAGUUGAAUGUCAUUUUAAGAAAUAUAAAUACAUCCCUUUUUUAAGUCACAGCAUUUUUUUUUUGUUUCAUGAAGUGAACCAACAAAAAAAAAGUAAUGAUCAAUAUUUUUAUAUGUGCGUGUUGAGUUAUUGUAGAAAUGAGCAGUGUUUUAUUCCCUAAACACUGCAUGAUAUGUUGCUUAUUCUAAGAAAGUCCAUCUUUUUGUUGUGCAAUGAGGAAAUAAAUGUCAUGUCUUGAUGUUUUA